GUAAUCGCGCCCCGCCCCACCCGCCCGCGAGUAGACUCUCCAGUCGCUAGCCUCAAACCAACUCUCUCUACUGUAUCGAUGAAGUUGUUUCAAAGAUGGCGGAUUUCCUGCCGUCCCGGUCCGUUUUAUCUGUGUGUUUUCCAAACUGUCUCCUCACGAGUAACGAGGCAGAACAAUUAAGGAAAUCUAAAGAAAUAGACAAAGGUAUUUCGCGGGAUAAGCCGUACGUGAAACGGCUGGUGAAGAUUCUCCUACUCGGAGCGGGUGAAAGCGGCAAGUCCACUUUCCUGAAGCAGAUGCGCAUCAUCCAUGGUCAGGAUUUCGAUCAAAGGGCCAAAGAAGAGUUCAAGGCCACGAUUUUUAGUAAUGUAAUUAAAGGGGUGCGUGUGUUGGUGGAUGCCAGAGAAAAGCUCCACAUCCCGUGGGGAGAGGCGUCCAACCAGAGGCACGGAGAGACCAUGAUGGCGUUUGACACGAGGUCGGCCAGGAUGGCCCACGGCAUGGUGGAGACCAAGGUCUUCCUGCAGUACCUGCCCUCCAUCCAGGCCCUGUGGGCCGACACGGGCAUCCAGGACGCCUACGACAGACGCAGGGAGUUCCAACUGGGGGAGUCUGUAAAGUAUUUCCUGGAUCAUUUGGAAAAGCUGGGACAGCCGGACUACCUACCGACUCAGCAGGAUAUUCUCCUGGCCCGUAAGCCCACUAAAGGUAUCCACGAGUACGACUUUGAGAUCAAGAACGUUCCAUUUAAGAUGGUGGACGUUGGGGGUCAAAGGUCGGAGAGACGGAGAUGGUUUGAGUGUUUUGACUCUGUCACCUCCAUCCUCUUCCUCGUCUCCUCUUCAGAGUAUGACCAGGUCUUGAUGGAGGACCGUCAAACCAACCGUCUCAGCGAAUCCCUCAACAUCUUCGAGACGAUCGUCAACAAUCGUGUUUUCUCCAACGUCUCCAUCAUCCUGUUCCUCAACAAGACGGACCUUCUGGAGGACAAGGUGCGCUCGGUCCCCAUCAAGGACUAUUUCCCAGAGUACCCCGGGGAGCCACACAGCCUGGCCGACGUACAGAGGUUCCUAGUGGACUGUUUCCGGGGGAAGAGGAGGGACGUGACACAGAAGCCCCUGUACCACCACUUCACCACAGCCAUCAACACGGAGAACAUUCGCCUGGUGUUCCGAGACGUCAAGGACACCAUCCUCCACGACAACCUAAAGCAGCUCAUGCUGCAGUGACCGCAGGGGGGUUAUGACCUUUUUCAAGUCACCUUUUGGCCUUUAACCCCCACCCGUCCCCCCCGUGACUCCUCACCGUGACCCACUGACUUGCCAUGAUUGCAGGGUGAUGAACAGAGAGCAGAAGAGUUGUUGUGUUACACUGUGUCACUGCCUUUUAAGUCACCUUUUGGCCCUUGACCUUUAACCCCUGCGAGCCCUCACCUAGACCCCUGAUCUCCAGUCACCUCUGGUGCAGGCUGUCACCUAUGACCCUUGACCACUGAACCCUGUUACCACUUCUAAUGGCCUUGUACCUGGCAGUUCUAUCCCUCCCCUCUUCUAAACCACUGUAAAUGAGCUCUCCCAAUCCCUCCCCUCACACACCCCUCUCCUAUCUGUAAUGGACUAUUCCAGAGUCUGUAGAUAUGUUGAUGUGUUCUGUAGGAUGAAGUUGCCCUCAGACUCUGAUCCUGGGUCAGUUUUUAAUUUUCCCCCACUAAUGGUUAAUGACAGGAUAUGGGGAGGGGAAGCUGGUCCUAAAUCUGUUGUUCUAUAUUACUAUAUUCACUCUGUUGGUUCACUCUUAACUCUCCUGUCUCACUCUGUCACUUUGUAACCUGUCUGAGAAGCCCAGACCACUGCUGGAGGUUAGCGGUCAAGGGUGAAGGGGUCAACUGGCCUUUCUGUGUUGGAGGGAGGAGUCAAAGGUCGUCACCCACGGCAACCAGGGAAGCGGGAGUGGUAAACGCUGUAGAACAAAAUGAUGAUGACUGUGUUUUACUGGCGUCAGCCUGUCGCUAUGCACCCCCACUCACACCUGCCCUGAACUGGCUUGAUUCUACACUUCCUUUUCCCUCAGAGCCUGAUUAUGACAUCACCGUGCCCCCCCCCCCCCCCCCCCCAUUCUGACAGCCAAUCAGUGUCGCUAUCUGGAUGUGGAACCAACUGCAGCGGAGAGCUUGUUACUUGUUGUUGUUGCUGAGGGGGAAGUUAAAGAGUGGGGGGACUUUACAACACUGUACUAAAACUAAUCCUUAAUGAUUCCACAAAUAAGCCUUUUACCACUGUCUGAUGAUUACCUAUCAAACAGAGCUAUACACACACACACACCCUGCCCAUAGAGACUCUUCUGACCUGAUCCUGGUCUUACUGUUUGGAACUUUUGACUUUUUUCCCCACAUAGAUUUAUUAUGAAUAUAUGUACCUAAACAUUGUCUUUGUAAGUUAUAUUUGAAAGGUUUUUACACAAGUUUGAUUUACACCUGCUGAUGGACAGUGUUAAAGGAAGAGGGUGUGUGAACACACACGCUCAGACAGACUGGCCCGGACAGACUGGCCCGGACAGACUGGCCCGGACAGACUGGCCCGGACAGACUGGCCCGGACAGACUGGCCCGGACAGACUGGGUCGGACAGACUGGGCCGGACUGACCAGUUGAUAAACUACUGAGCUAAUUCUCAGGAUACAUUGUGGACCACUUAUUUGUGUAUUUAGAGCAAUGAUGUUAAUUUGCCUAAGUCCUAAAACACACACACAGACAGACGGACGGCUGUCCAUCAGAGGCUGGUAGUCUAAACAACUUGCCGGCCAGCUACAUCCCCUCUUCCAGUCCUUUAUUUCUCCCCUCUUUCUGUCCCUCUCUCUGUCUUAGUGUAAGCAAGUGAUCAGCCUUAUAAACCCUGUGGAGGCUCAUCCUAGAGGGAAGAGACUGAUCAGCCUUAUAAACCCUGUGGAGGCUCAUCCUAGAGGGAAGAGACUGUGAUCAGCCUUAUAAACCCUGCGGAGGCUCAUCCUAGAGGGAAGAGACAGUGAUCCGCCUUAUAAACCCUGUGGAGGCUCAUCCUAGAGGGAAGAGACUGAUCAGCCUUAUAAACCCUGUGGAGGCUCAUCCUAGAGGGAAGAGACUGUGAUCAGCCUUAUAAACCCUGUGGAGGCUCAUCCUAGAGGGAAGAGACUGAUCAGCCUUAUAAACCCUGUGGAGGCUCAUCCUAGAGGGAAGAGACUGUGAUCAGCCUUAUAAACCCUGUGGAGGCUCAUCCUAGAGGGAAGAGACUGUGAUCAGCCUUAUAAACCCUGUGGAGGCUCAUCCUAGAGGGAAGAGACUGAUCAGCCUUAUAAACCCCGUGGAGGCUCAUCCUAGAGGGAAGAGACUGUGAUCAGCCUUAUAAACCCUGUGGAGGCUCAUCCUAGAGGGAAGAGACUGUGAUCAGCCUUAUAAACCCUGUGGAGGCUCAUCCUAGAGGGAAGAGACUGUGAUCAGCCUUAUAAACCCCGUGGAGGCUCAUCCUAGAGGGAAGAAACUAUGAUCAGCCUUAUAAACCCUGUGGAGGCUCAUCCUAGAGGGAAGAGACUGUGAUCAGCCUUAUAAACCCUGCGGAGGCUCAUCCUAGAGGGAAGAGACUGUGAUCAGCCUUAUAAACUCUGUGGAGGCUCAUCCUAGACAUACUCUUAUCACUCAGUCAGGGGAAAGUGAUGGGGAAACUGUGUCAAAUGAUUUGAUUUAAUUAUGAAUCUUUCUCUCUCUCCUUAACUCCUCACCAACCAAUGUGUCUUUAUCUCUAGCAAACCCCCAUAGCAGGCCUUUUAAAUGAGUUGGACGUUGGGUUUCUACCAACUGAAGGGAAACCAGGAGAAUGAUACCGUUCACAUUGUUGUACCCGUUAUGCAGGGGGCGUCUGAAGUCACACCCUACUACUCUCUAUCUAGUGCACUGCUUUCAGCCCUGUGUGUCUUUGACAGGGCACUACAUAGGGCACUAUGUUAUUAUUAUUAAGGUAGUAGGGUGCGGUUUUGCACGUAGACUCCUAAAAUCUCUCUCGCUCUCUCGCUCUCUCUCUCUCUCGUUGUCUCUCUCUCUCUCUCUCUCUCUCUCUCUCUCUCUCUCUCUCUCUCUCGU